AUGUGGUCGCCUGUGUUUGAGAAAAUGUUUACGUCAGAGUUUAAAGAAAAGAACUCUUGUGAAAUUCCUCUACCGGGCAAAAAAGCAAGUGAGAUCAAGGAGCUUCUGCUGAUUAUCUAUCCAACUAUAUCUGGAAAAGCGUGGAAAACUGUAACGAAUGAAAAUUGCUACUUCCUGUUGAAGCUCGCUGAUGAGUAUCAGAUGGAAGACAUUCGCAAGAGGUGCGAAGAUGUUUUGGUCGAUUUGGUUUCUAAAAAGCCGGGAAAUAACUUCCUUGCUGAUCUUACGUUUGCACAGACCUACAAGUUAGAAAAACUACUUGGAACAAUCGUCAACAAAGCUCGUCAACUAACGCUGAGUGAUUUUAGAAGUCACGAGAUGUAUGAUAAAAUGGAUCCGCAUAUUUACAAACAGAUUGUGGAGGGAAUUAUAGAAAGGCUUGAGAAGAAUUUGAGCAGCUAUAAAAAGGCCUAUUAUAGAUAA